AUGGAGAACGAGACAACUGCUGACAAGGACUCCAGCGAUCACCCAUCCAAUUCUGAGCUUAUGGCGAGCGCCAAGGUGAUGUCUGAAGCUGUGGCAGGCCAGGAGACUGACACGGGCAAGAUAGCCGGAGCUGCUGCUGACAUCCUGGAUGCAGCGGCGAGCUAUGGAAUUGUAGAUCAGAAGCAAGGAUUGGGGAAGUAUAUGGACCAGGCGGAGGAAUACCUUCAUAAAUAUGAGACAACCCACACCACCACCACCCAAACUGACGCUGACGGCAAUACAACCACCACCGAAACCACCACCACCAAACCCGUUGAUGAUGAUGACAAGUAA